UCAAAUCUCUAUUUCCAGAAAGGAAUGACGCCUGAAAGACAAAGGCGAUUUGCAAAUGUCCUGCUUUAGAGCAGCUCAAAAGAGUCAAUGGACACGCGAUUCGUCUUCUUCAACUCUAUCUCACCACGCUAGAGUAGCUGACUCGAACGUGCCGAAGUCCGAACACCCCUGCAGAGGACGUACAAUCCCCAGAAUUUCCCAACCCAUCGCCGAGCCGAGGCGUUGAACGCUUCAAGGGCGCGUUUUGCGGGGUGGAUUACUAUCCUAAUUGCACGACCGUUCAAAGCUUUCUGAGCUGAGGGUGUAAGCUGUCCUGUGUCUCUCCACUCUUUGUCUUCCGGAAAACACGGUUACUUUUUUGUCCUAUCUGGAGAAGAUAGCAUAAUACAAUCAUGGCCGCUCCGCAUUCCUAUACCGACAUCAAAUUCGAGAUCCGGGGCAAGAUUGGCAUCAUCAGCUUCAACCGCCCCCAAGCCCUCAACUCCUUCGGGGGCAACCUCAUCACCGACACCAUCGACGCGCUGCGCGUCCUCAACGAGCACCCAGACACCGUCUUCACCGUCCUGACGGGCGAGGGCCGCUUCUUCUCCGCCGGCGCCGAUGUAAAAGGUGUCUCUGGCAUGAAUGGGGAUGCGCCGACGUAUCGGAAUAUGGCGGAGAAGAAGUUGAGCUUCUUGCAUCGGUUCGCUUAUGCAACCGAACUCCUCCGCUCCAUGAUCGACCACACCAAAGUCCUCGUCCUCGCCCUCAACGGCCCCGCCGUCGGCGGCGGCGCCGCCUGGUUCCCGGGCAUCGCCGACCUGGUCCUAGCCUCUCACACGGCCUGGCUCCAAUGCCCCUUCAGCGCUUUGGGUCUCGUCCCCGAGAACGGAUCCGCCCUCUCCUUCGCCCAGCACAUGGGGAUCCACCGCGCAAACGACUUCCUCAUGCUAGGCACCAAGUUGUCACCAAAGGAAUUGCUGGAUUGUGGCAUGUACAAUCGGGUGUUUGACAGUCAAGGGGAGGCGUUUAAGGGGGAGGUGGUACGGUUUUUGGAGAAGCAGUUGGAGGUGAAUGAUGGGAAGAGUAUGAUGGAGAUGAAGAGGUUGCAGAAUGCGCCGAUUCGGGAUGCGAGAAUGAUGGCUGUCGUCAACGCCGUCGAUGCGCUGGCCGAGCGCUUCGUCGAGGAUGCACCUAUACAGCGGUUCGCGAAGAAGAGGGCCGAGUUGGCGGCCAAGAGUAAGGCGAGGAGCAAGCUCUAAGCGCAUUCGUGUGAUUACGCAGAACUGUAUACGAUCCAUCAUAUCUACUUCCCGC